CCUGCAACUCCAAGCUGCAAACACAGAUACAGACUACUAUAAUAUAAUCAGCCCAGCAGCAAAAUCACCAACUCCUCCUUUCUCUCUCUAGAAUCACUCAACCCUUUCUCUCUCUGUCUCUAGAGUAAGAAGAAAUGGCAAUCUGUUUUUAUUCACCAUUAAAACCAAUCUCACUUUCUCCGUCAACCCACUUCACGAAACCACAGCCUCUCCUCCGCUGCAACUUCUCUCUCCCCACUAUCACCACAACAGAACCCGAGCCCGUUUUCACCUCCGUCAAAUCCUUCGCACCCGCCACCGUUGCCAAUUUGGGCCCCGGUUUCGACUUCUUGGGAUGCGCCGUAGACGGCCUCGGGGACUUUGUAACCGUCACCGUAGACCCUUCAGUCCAUCCGGGUGAGAUCUCUAUUGCGGAAAUAUCGGGAACCCAUGCAAGUAAAAAACUCUCGAAAAACCCACUUUGGAAUUGUGCUGGUAUUGCUGCUAUUGCUACUAUGAAAAUGCUUAAUGUUAGAUCAGUGGGUCUUUCUUUAACUCUUGAGAAGGGCCUUCCUUUGGGUAGUGGGCUUGGAUCCAGUGCGGCUAGUGCUGCUGCCGCUGCCGUUGCUGUUAAUGAGAUUUUUGGUGGGAAAUUGGAUGUCAAGGAGUUGGUUCUUGCUGGGUUAGAAUCUGAAGCUAAAGUUUCAGGUUAUCAUGCUGAUAAUAUAGCUCCUGCUAUUAUGGGCGGAUUUGUGUUGAUUAAAAAUUAUGAGCCAUUAGAAUUGAUGAGAUUAAAGUUCCCAGUUGAGAAAGAUCUUUUCUUUGUACUUGUAAGCCCUGAUUUUGAAGCACCCACUAAGAAAAUGCGAGCUGCUUUGCCUGCUGAAAUUGGAAUGCCUCAUCAUGUUUGGAAUUGUAGUCAAGCUGGGGCUUUAGUGGCUUCUGUGUUGCAGGGGGAUUUGGUUGGGUUGGGCAAGGCAUUGUCCAGUGAUAAGAUUGUUGAGCCUAAAAGGGCGCCUUUAAUUCCUGGAAUGGAAGAGGUGAAGAAGGCUGCUAUUGCGGCUGGGGCUUUUGGUUGUACUAUUAGUGGAGCAGGGCCUACUGCGGUCGCAGUUAUUGAUGAUGAGGAGAGAGGGACGGAGAUUGGGGAGAAGAUGGUGGAUGCCUUUUUGAAAGAAGGGAACUUGAAGGCUGUGGCUAUGGUGAAGAGGUUAGAUAGAAUUGGUGCCAGACUCGUUGGCAAUGUUCCAAAUAGAUAAUCAAAGUUCGUUCAUUUCUGCAUUUCUCUCUUUUGUAUUAGUUUUUCUAACUAGUCUUCGUGGGUUUGGAAUUUUGCUUGAAAAUGAUUCCUGUUUUAGAAAAAGCAACAAGAAAGAAACUUUACUGUAGUGCUUGCAAGGUCUUCCUUGUGCCAUUAAUAAGAAAAAGGUUUCAUUUGAACUGAUUAA